UACCUUCGCGAGUAGCGCACGCGUUUCUCUCCGCUCGUACAAACCGCAAAAGUCGAUUUGUUCACCCGUUAAUAAACGAACAAUUAACCAACUCUCGCAAUUGUACGUAUAUCGUUCUCUCGUUCGGUACAACCAAUUCACGAAGUGAAUCAGGCGUAUCUGUAACAAUUCCAUCGGCGGCAAUUCCUCGCGGACCGACAAUACAGCGAUCCAUUCAAAGCACUCCUUGACGCAUCAGUCGUGUUUUACUCCUUCGUUCGCGAAUCAUUAUCCACCGUGGGCUCGUACCUGCUCGAUUACUAAUCGAACUAAUUGACACGCGUUUCCUUCUCAGCUGCUGCGUUCUUUUGACAACACAGGAGAACACCCAUGCUUUAAAAGCGCCAGCGCAACGGACUCGCGCGAUUCUUUGCCCAACAUCGAAAUGACGAGACGUCGAAACCUGCUGCGGCUGUGCGUGAGCUGCGUUUACCUGUUCGUGUUGAUCACGGCCGAGGAGGACCCGGUGGUAAGAGUGAAAAAUGGCACGUUGACGGGACUGAUUAUGAAAAGCAGCCGAGGCAGAGAGUUCGCUGCAUUCCGGGGGAUUCCCUUCGCGCUGCCGCCCCUUGGAGAACUUCGAUUCGAGCCGCCGAAACCAGCAGCAGCCUGGAACGGUCAGCGAUCAGCUAAGGAAGACGCGGAAAUAUGCACGCAAAGGAACAUUUACACUCACGACGACGAGAUCGUCGGCGAUGAGGAUUGCCUUUACUUGAACGUCUACACGCCGAAAGUGUCGAAUGAGAUUAACGAAUUAAAGGGAGGUUAUCCAGUUAUGAUUUGGCUCCACGGUUGUGGCUGGAUCUGUGGUGCUGGACACUCGGAAUUCUAUCAUCCAAAAUUCCUAUUGAACCACGAUAUGAUCCUCGUCACUGUAAAUUACAGGCUUGGACCACUAGGAUUUUUAAGCACAGAGGACACGGUGUUGCCUGGAAAUAACGGUUUAAAGGACCAAGCGCUGUCCAUUCGAUGGGUACACGAAAAUAUCGCUGCUUUCGGCGGUGAUCCAAAUCGAGUGACCAUUUUUGGUGAAAGCGCGGGAGGCGCCAGUGUUCACUAUCACAUGAUGAGUAAUUUAACGAAAGGCCUUUUCCACCGCGCGAUCUCGCAAAGCGGUAAUGCACACUGUCCGUGGACUCUGGCGAGGCCAGGUUCGCCGAAAAAGAAGGCCACGAAGGUGGCUGAACUUCUUGGUUGUCCUUCGAAAGACUCGAAACAGCUCGUUAGUUGUUUGCGUACGAAGAAAGCCUUCGACAUUAUUGCUACCGAUCGUUCGUUCCAGGUAUUUGGUUACUGCCCGAUGAUACCCUUCAGACCGGUAAUUGAACCUGUUCACCCCGGUGCUUUCUUAACCGAAGAUCCCGCAGUUUCGUCGAAACAUGGUCGCUUGUUAGACAUACCAUGGAUGACAGGAAUUACGUCUGAGGAAGGAGCCCUCGUGGCACCAGGAUUAUACGCAAGGAACAACGGGGAGUUGAUCAAAAGGAUGAACAAGGAUUUCUUGAAUGUUGCACCAAUAACGUUGAUGUUCGGCGAAACGUGUUCCAAGGACGAGGAGAAGCGCAUGGCCUCUGAAAUACGAGAAUUCUACUUCGGCAAGGCCGCCAUCGACAAUUCCACGCGGUUCAAAGUCAUCGAUAUGUACAGCGACGCUUGGUUCACUCAUGCUGCUCAAACUGCGGUUCGCCAUUAUCUCGAAAAACAAUCUUCCCCGGUUUAUUACUAUUAUCUCGCGUACAAGGGCAGCGCAUCGUUCAGUAUAAUAUUCGGCGAUCCGAACAACGAUUACGGAGUAUCUCACGCUGACGAACUUCAAUACUUGUUCCCUGUUGGAGAACAAUUGUUCAAGGAUGUGCCGCUGAGCAAAGAUGAUCGUAGGAUGAUCGAUGUGAUUACGAGCUUGUGGUAUAAUUUUGCUAAUUCUGGUAAUCCCACACCCGAAGAAACAGAACAAAUACCCGUGAAAUGGAAACCCGUCAGAACGGAGUCCCUCGAGUAUCUUCACAUAGGACAAGACAACAUUCGAAUGUCGGAGAAUCUUAACCCGGACAGAAUGAACUUCUGGAAACGUUUACCGAUACGACCGGAUUUAGACGACAGCGGCAAGCAUCGCCAGCCGAAAGAGGAAUUGUAAAAACUGUCUCGAGAACAGCGUUCAUGACCGUCGUAAAAUGAAACGCACCGUUAAAGAAAAUCAUACACACACACACA